GGAUUUGACUCCAGCUGGGAGAGCAGAGCAGAGCAGAGGAGCGGAGCGUGUUCAACAAUACACGCAUUCAAAACAUUCGCAUUUCCACGUCCCCGUACGUGGAUCUGUCACGGAAAACUAUUGCACUGGUUUCUUGAAACUUUUAAAGCUUUUAUACAAUUGCUGUUUAUAUAUCAAACAAGGAUAUUUGGGCAGCGUCGUGGGAAUUGGGAAGUUUACCGGCUGCGCUAUGGAAUAACGUUAGCCCAAGUCGUGGAUCCGAUGUGUUUUCUUCAGCUUCAGGAAGAAAUACGAGCUAACUCGGAGAGAAGUGGAGAGGUUUAACUUCUCUCUGACAUUCCUCCUUUUUGCUCCCUUGAGUUUGAUUUGAAGUUAUUGAGAGGCAAGAUGGCGGCCGAUCCCGUGCAGGGUGAUACUCGGGGUCAGAUGGUUUCAGAACGUCUUGGUCUUGGCCAAAAUCUGGACCUUUCGGACACCAUGGUCCAACAAAAGCUGGAUGAGAUCAAGGACCAGAUAAAACGAGAGAUCCGCAAAGAGCUGAAGAUCAAAGAAGGAGCUGAGAACUUGAGGAAGGUGACCACAGAUAAGAAGAGUCUGGCUUAUGUGGACAACAUGCUUAAAAAGUCCAACAAGAAGGUGGAGGAACUGCACCAGGAGCUUCAGGAACUGAAUGCACACAUAGUGGUGAAGGACCCAGAGGAGGUUGUAGGUAUGGCUGAAUUCACUCCGUCUGUCUCUUUACCUUCU